AUGUCAAAAUAUACUCAUCCUUCAAGAUCUCGAUUGCAGAGACAGCAUCAGAAUCUUUCAAGCAUUUCCAAUGAUUCUGAUGACGAUGAAAAUAUAAUAGGCCCUCCAAAAUUGAGUAAUUUUGGAUCAGCAUUAUUGACAGAGAAUGAUAACAGCGGGACAACAUCGCGUUUUCAUACGCAAUUCAGGUCACUGAAUGGUAAUUCAGUUCAUUCUCCAAUUUCUCUAUCUCGAAAUAAUAGCUAUGGUUCAUAUGGAAUUGCAGAACAAUCCCCACAGACCUCAAUAUUUGCUACUACUAUAAAUAAUAGACCGAUUAGUAUGACUACGAUUCAAAAUGGUAGUGCAGAUUCUAAUGUUACUAAUAAUGUCAAUGACAAAUAUGAAAGUAGCUAUAACAAGAUAAAUAAAAUUCAACAAUCAAUAAAAGACGAAUUAACAUCGAGACAUACCGGCCGAAUAAAAAGAUUUUUGAAUACUAAUAGAAUGAAUAAAUUGGGACCUGCUAAAAGAGCCUCUACGAUGGAAGUAGAUAUACCGUUACCUGCCAAUACGAAUGAUAGUUAUAAUAGUAGCUCUGAUGUAUUUUCUGGUCAGGCAAUUGAAGAAGCAAAUGACAUUAAAGAAGUGCAAAAUUAUGACUAUUCAAAUAUUAACUUUGGAGAUUUAAAUCCAUUUCAGUUUUUGAGAAAAUAUAAUUUACCCACUACUGAAUUACCCAAUAUUUCCAAGAUAUAUUUUGAAAGACAAAAAGAGGAAAAUAGGCUAAGUAUUUUGAAAAAGCAUACUAAUAAUAAUACUGGUGCGAAGACAAAUGGUAAUGAUAUCAAAGAUUUUUCAAUUUCAAAAAACUUAACAUCAGAAGAUAAGACAGAUUUAAAAAAUACAGUUAAUACUGGUCUGGUAUCUAGGACGUUAUUGAAUUCUACACUUUCUUCAAGAAAAACCAAUUCUUCAUUAUCACCAAAAUCGAAGGACAAUAACGAAUUUAAUUCACUGGACGUUGAGGAACCAAAACAUUUGACUAGUAACAAUGAUGAGAUAAGGCCUAAUAAAAGAAGAGAACCUUUAGUGGACUUAAGUACGAAUCGAAAGGAGCCUGAAUUGAAAAGGUUUAAGACUUUUGAAGAGAACAAGAAGCGCGAUGAAAUAAUCAAUGAAAAGGAAAAUGUUGUUCAAGACGUACCAAAAUCUAUGAAACGUGUCGAAAUAAUGGAGCCUAAGAUGUCACAUAGACAAAGAAAUGUCAUAAAUGUUAAUGAAACGGAAUAUGAAAAAAUUGAGUUGUUAGGUAGAGGUGGAUCCUCGAAAGUUUAUAAGGUGAAGGGCCCUUCAAAUAAGGUGUUUGCACUGAAAAGAGUUGUAUUUGAUGAGUUUGAUGACUCAAGUAUAAAUGGGUUUAAAGGUGAAAUUAAAUUACUAAAUAAAUUAAGAAAUGAAAAUCGUGUUGUUAAAUUAUUUGAUUAUGAGAUGAAUCAAGGAUUACUAUAUUUGAUCAUGGAAUGUGGUGAUGUUGAUUUAUCUCAGAUAUUGAACCAAAAAAUCAAUUUAAAUCUACCAUUUGACAUUGAAUUUAUUCGAUAUUAUACACGUGAAAUGAUUAAAUGUGUUAAGGUAGUGCAUGAUAAUGGUAUUGUUCAUUCUGAUUUAAAACCUGCAAAUUUUGUCUUAGUGAAAGGCGUGCUAAAGAUUAUUGAUUUUGGUAUAGCUGACGCGGUGCCUGAUCAUACGGUUAAUAUAUAUCGAGAGACACAGACAGGUACACCAAAUUAUAUGGCACCUGAGACGUUAAUUGCGAUGAAUUAUACAAAUAAUGGAGCCAAAGAUUUGAAAUGGAAGGUUGGUAAGCCGUCUGAUGUUUGGUCAUGUGGAUGUAUAAUUUACCAAAUGAUUUAUGGUAAAGCACCAUAUGCUGGAUUUCAAGGACAGCAUAGAAUUUUUGCAAUAAUGAAUUCUGAUGUUAAGAUAGUUUACCCAGAGAAGACGAAUGAAGAGGAGCUAAUACCUAAGACCAUGGUUGAGUUGAUGAAGAAUUGUCUAAGGAGGGAUCCUGGUAAGAGAUGGACAGUAGAUGAUAUUUUAUCAUCUACAUUUUUGAAUCCAAUAGUUACCUCCCAAUCAUUUAUUAGGGAUUUAAUUAAGAAUGCGAUUACAUUUGGUUCUCAACAGAAGAUUGUAUCUGAAGACAAGAUUAACGAUUUAACUAACGAUGUGUUGACCAGGCUGCAAGAAUUUAAGAUGUAG